AAUAUUAUUAUCUUCAUGGAUUUCAGAGUGGAGAGUAUGAGGUGUGGGGAGAACAUGGUGUUCACAGUGGAGUCACAAAAGGCGGUUCCAGCACCAUUCUUGACAAAGACAUAUCAGCUGGUUGAUGAUCCUCUCACUGAUCACGUUGUGUCUUGGGGUGAUGAUCAUACCACCUUUGUUGUUUGGAGGCCUCCUGAGUUUGCCAGAGAUCUUCUUCCUAACUACUUCAAACACAACAAUUUCUCCAGCUUUGUUCGGCAGCUCAACACCUAUGGUUUCAAAAAGAUAGUUGCGGAUAGAUGGGAGUUUUCAAACGAGUACUUCAGAAAAGGAGCAAAGCACUUGCUAUCCGAAAUCCACAGAAGAAAAACUUCACAACAACAUCAACAACCUCAAAACUACCAUCAUCACCAUCAUGAUCACCUACUCAUGAAUUCCCAUUUCUUCCAAGCCCUAGAUCAUGAUCAUCACAAAACUAGUACUAAUUUUGGCUGGAACAACAUUAACAUUCUAGAAACUUCUUCUCUGGCGCCGUCUCCGAAAACUUGCACUAGUGAUGAUCAUAAUAUUCUAACAUCUCUCACCGAAGAUAACCAAAGGCUUAGGAGAAAAAACUUUUUGCUCUUAUCGGAACUCACACACAUGAAGAGCCUCUACAACGACAUCAUUUACUUCAUCCAAAACCAUGUAAAGCCAGUUAUGCCCUCCACAUUGAGUCCAAUCUCUACCGUCAAUUCUAGUAGUAUUCCGAAGCUUGUAGGGCUCGGUUCUUCGUCUCCGGUUCCAGCUGUUUCCGAGGUUAAAACCAUGGCCAUUUCUGAAAUUUGUGGCUCGGGUAAUAGUCGUGAGAUUAGUGAGGAGAAAAAUGGUGGCGUUAAGCUUUUUGGGGUUUCUUUAAGUGGAAGGAAGAGAUUGCAUCCAGAGAAGACGGACCAUAAUUAUGAACUAGACUAG